AUGCAGGAAGUUAUAAAGAGCUGCGAAUUCGCCAGUUCUAAAGUGGAUGACUUCGAGACGCAGCUUGUGGGACUGCAUGACCGUGUCUCGGCAAUCGAGGAGAUCAAGGAGGUGCUGAAGGUUACCCAAUCAUCAGUGGAUACUCUGCAACAGGAGGCAAUUGAUAAGGAUCAAUGGUCGCGCCUUAAUAACGUGGAAAUAAAGGGGGUUCCGGUAAAAAAUGGUGAAAACCUGUUCAAUAUUGUGGCAUCAUUGGGUGAGCAUAUCAACUUGCCUAUUCAAAAUUCUCAAAUUAACUUCGUUACGCGAGUGCCGAUAUUUAACUCAAAUGAAAAAUCUAUACUGCUUGGAUUUGUUAACCGUUAUGUAAAGGAGGACUUUGUGGCAGCCGCCAGACGCUCUAAAGCUUUAAUUGCUUCUGAUUUGGGCUUCUCGAACUGUGAUCAGCGCAUUUAUGUGAAUGAUCACCUAUCACCGGGCAACAAGAAGCUUCUUACAAAGGCAAAGCAAUCUGCUAAGGAAAAGAACUAUGCUUAUAUAUGGGUCAAGCAUGCUAAAAUUCACAUACGUAAAAAUGACUCAUCGCCCGUUCUUAUUAUCAAGUGCUUAAGUGAUUUAAACAAGUUGAAGUAA